AUGGCCAGAUUCUCCACUCAAGUCAUGAGUGUCCGUUGGGGGCUGAGCUCGCUGAGAAUAGCAGGCAAAACAAGCAGGAACAGGGUUAGAAAUGAAAGGAUUCAAGGAGACGAGGGAGUGCCAGCUUUGAGGGAAGCAGUCAAAAAGAGUCAGUUUGGUUGGUUGAUCAUCGAUUCAGAAUGGAUGAGGACCGUGAUCCAAAGAUGUUUUUUAAAGCCAGGCCUAUCGGACGUCGUUCUGGAGGAAGACUUUGAUUACUAUGGAUGGACGACAUCUCCUGGAUUGGUGAAAAGAAGUGGAAGCAUAUGGAUUCAAAGAAGGCACUGGCUCGGGAUCGGGAGGCAUGGAAUUCCUGGAUCGGGGCAUCUCCACGCUGAGAGGCACAAAGGAGGAUGA